AUGGAUGUGUUUGAACAAUCCAAGUGGGCAUCGGUGAAGGAAUUCAAGAAAUCGUUGAAGUCGGUGGGCAAGGAUGGACUCAAGAAGACCAACGAGAAGGGCCAGACGCUCCUACACACCGCGGCCGAGGGGGGCAAUCACGAGGCCCUCAAGCUACUUCUCACCAGUAAGUACAAGCUGGCUCAUUUGGUGAACACAAAGGAUGGAUUUGGCGGCUGGACCCCCCUGCACUAUGCCGCCGAUGGUGGCCAUCUCGAGUGCCUCGAUCUCCUCAUCAGCCACGGCGCAGACGUGACCGCCGCGUCGAGAGAUGGCGACGUGCCGCUGCACUACCUCGUGCGGGCCAAGGCGCGCCAGGCCGACAACGUCCACUACUACAAGCUGCUCAAGACUGUCCUCAAUUCUCGAGGGCUCGAUGUGAACGUGCAGAACAUGAACGGAGAGGCCGCGCUGCACCUUUCCGCCAUGGGCGGUCACGACGAGGUGGCCAACCUGCUCCUCAACCACGGCGCCGAGAUCAACGUCAAGUCCAGGGUCGGCGAGACGCCGCUGCACUAUGCCACGCGCUACGGUCACACCGACGUCGUGAAGACGCUGCUCGAAAGGAAUGCGGACCCCACGCUGGUCGGUCCGGAGGGCACGCCGCUGAACAUUGCCGUGGCCUAUCACAAGGAGGCGGUUGCCGAACUCUUGUCGGGGGCGCUGGCAAAGACCGGAAGGAAGAACUCCGCGCCGGUACUGCACGCUCAGUCCGGCCUCGGCCUCGAAGAACGACACACGGCUGUGCUGCCGGCCGUGACCAGCUUUGGCACACACUCUGCGCCCAUGCCAGCCGUGUCCUAUUCGCCCAAGUCGCUCCCGCCAGUCCCCCGAUCGACCUCCUUCGACGUACGGGGCCAGAACGGGCACCACACCGACCAGGCCUGGCCGGUGACGAUGGACGGCGGGUUGCCGGCCGGCCACAGCCUCCUCCAGUUCUGCCGGGUUGCCGUCUGCCCAAGCCGCGGGGCUGCCGCCUCGCGGCCGCCCAACGCGCCUGUGCCGUCGCCCGCCGCGCUCUCCGCCUUUCUAGCCCAGGUCGACUCGGCGCUGGCCACCCGGAGCCAGCGGGGCAGUCUCGGCUACGAAUUCACCUACGAGCGCGACAUACUCACCCACAUCGAGAAGGAGCGCGAGGCCUUCCGUCUCACCGACGAGCUGCGCAAGGACUACGAAGAGCGGCGGAGGGCCGGCACCGGCGGCGUGGCCUCGGCCGGUUCGCCCUUUGGCGGCGCGUCGCCGGGCGUGCACGCGGGCGGUUCACCCUUUGGCGGCGCACCGACGGGCAUGACUCACUCGCCCUACACCCCGCCGCCGACGCACACCGGCAUGCCGGCGUCGCCCUAUGCGGGACCCGGACCCUCGUUCCAGCCGCAGAUACCGAUGCACCAGCCCCUGCCGCUGCCCCAGCCCCAGCCGUUCCUGCCUGCGGGGCCCCACAACGGUGGUCCGUACAUGGUGCCGCCGCACUCCGCUCCUUCGCCGCAUCUGCACGGCGGCGGCGGUCUACAGCCAGCCACCGAGUCACUGGCCACCUUCACCAACAAACACAGCCACCCGCUGCACAUGGCCAGGCAAAAAUCGGGCAGCACGGGCGACAUCCAACGAACGAGCGCUGAGAAUGCCAGAAGUCCGCGAGGCGGGGUGCCGGUGUUGCCUCGGUCGGAAAGCACCGGCGGCCACCGAUCUCGAUCGAGCUCGGGCUCCAGCGUCCCCAGGAAGCACACUGCGCCCCUCAAUCCCGUGCAGGAAAAGCUGUACCUGAAGGUCAUCAGCGAGCACGAGACGCUCAACACGGAGCACGUGCACAUCGCCGCCAGGCACUGCGCCAACGACCCCAAGUCGUUGCUCAACCUCAUCUCGGCCAACAAUACACAGGUGAUCGCGUACGUGAAGGCCUACGAGCGGCUCAAGCACAUAGGCUACAGCCAAGCGCACGUCGUCGAGGCGCUCAAGGCCUACGGUGGCGGCGCCGCUGGGCUCUCGCCGCAGGAGGAGGACCAACAGCACCAGCGGAUGCUGGCCUUCUUGAAGCUGCUCGUCAACAAGGGCUUCUCGCCCGCGGCGCAGGUGCAGAACACCCUCUCGCUCUUUGACUACGACGUGGACAAGGCCGAGAAGUUCCUUUCCUCCUACAAGACGGUGUCGCAGCUGGGCUUCUCCGACGUGCAAGUGCGGGAGGCGCUGCUGAUGAGCGAUUCGGACAGCGAGCUGGCCAUCCGCUACCUCCUUGAAGGCAAGUAG